CUCCUCUGUUUGGGAAGACCGUCCCACAGGGCUGGGGAGGUAACUGAGGCUGCCGCCAUCCCUCUUCCUUUGUAGACCCCACCUACACCGGACCUUCUGUUCCUAAGUGGGAAAGGGCCAAGCCAGCUUUGGAGUUGGCUGACUCCUCGGAGACCCCAUCCUGUGGUUGGGGAGGAAGGGGCAGCACACAUGUGACCACACCUCCAUCCCCCUGCUGCCCAAGUUUCUCUGGGGUGGACGGCAGCAAGGGGCCCAAGAUGCAGCACUGAGUAUGGAUUCGUCACAGGGCUGUGGACUCUAGGGUCCCUGGACAGUGUGGGGGUUGAGGGCAUGCCAGCCAGAGGGACCUGGGGGAAAUGGGGUACACCCAGGUGUUCACACCAAAUGGAUUGGGUGAGAUGGCAGGGGGCCUUGAAUGCUGGGAGAUAGGAGUUGCUUCCCAAUCAAGGGGGAGCAAGGCCAGUGGGGUAUUCUUUGACCUUGGGCCUGGAGCUGGGCAGCACUGCAGAGCAAAGCUGCCAGCUUGAACUGGGCAGAGGGGCUUCUGGGGCCAGAAAGCAGUGGGGCCUAGUGCAGGAUGGGGUGAACGGACCAGGCUGGGAGCCAGGACCCUAUGCAGGCUGGGGGCCUAGCACCCCACAUCCCCCAGGAUGUAAUUCAUGCCAUGAAGAGAGAUAGCCAUGUUAUCUUCUUCCCAUGAAAACUGGGGUGCAGGGAGGUUAAAGCCUUGUUCAAGGGCACACAGCGCUGGGCAUCUGGCUGGGUCUGGCAGCACCCCUGGAACUCCUGGCCAGCCUCUGGGGCCGUGAUGUCCACCUUUCCCACCCCAGCCCCCAACUGCCAGCUCCAGGAUGGGAGAAGGCAGCCAAGUUUCUCCCAGAAAGGCCCAAGGUCAUACCUAGCCUGUGUCCUCAGCCUGGACCUCAGCCCUGACCCCAGCCCAGGGCGACUCACACCACCAGCAUCAGGUCACACCACUGUGCCUUUGCCACACCCUGCUCAUGGCACUAGGAGCCCCCUGAUACAAAGUUGUCUGAGUUAGUAGCCUAACUUGUCCCCAGAACCAGGGCCUCCACUGCGGCUCAGUGGCAGGGAAUACCCAGGUCCCACUGGUCCCACCUUUCUUGCCUUCCCAGGUGCCUCUGCUGGGGCCUCCAACUCCCCACCACCACUUGCUUCCCGAACCCCAAGUCCCUGCCAGGCAGAUACCUGGAGUCCUCUGAGGGGGAGGCCUGGCCCUGUUCCAGCCCAAAGCCUAGAUGCCCAGGCCUAGAUAGCACCCCGCUGGCCUGACCUGGGUGGUGAGAGCUGCCACCCAGUGUACCCUCUUUUCUCGACCUUCUCAGGGGCCUCACACCUGCCCCCAGGGCCUGCUGCCCACUUCCCCUGGAGAAGAGGGUGCCCUCUUCCAGCAGCUGCUGCAAUGAGGUGAGGAGCUGGGGUGUGUCUGGGAAGAGAUGGUAAGAGCCUGAGGUCUUUGGGCAAUGGAGCCAUCCAUGCCCCUUCUGCCCUGCUCAGGCUCCUGGCCACUUAUCAGCCUGCUCCCCGGCUUUCAUGGCUUCCAUCGGCCUGGGUCAACUCAAAAUCAGAUCUUAGACAGCCGUCAUUAGCCAGCCUGCUUCCCACUGGGCCCCCCAGGUGUGGAGGAGUGGCCCUGGGCUGGGGCUUGGGGUGUGAGCAGUCUGGCCAGGCCCUGCCCAAGUGUCCCCCCCGCCGCCUGCCACACAGCUUCAGCCCCCACUGCUGUGCCUGUCCUCACCCACCUUCCUGCCACUGAACGCUUUCCCUGGCAGCAGCCAGAGGCCCAUCUUGCCUCAGUCCUUUGGCUGGACCCCACCCCAGAUCUGGCUUCUGGCCAGCCACCCCUCCUCCACCCAGUCUCCACCAGAGGGGCCAGGGCCAUUCCGAGUCAGCCUGGGAGGUGAGUGGGUUGCUUCCGCUCCUGAGCAAACCUCUCCAGCUUGGGGCGCCUGACCCCACAGGCCAUAGGCAGCGUCCCCAUUCCUGCCCAGAUCCUGGGUGAGCCCACCCAGAUGUGAUCCCCUAGACAAGACCCCAGGAAGUGAGACCCCCCCCAGUGGUGGACCCACAGGGUUCUACCCUCCCACUGCUGUUCACAGCGCCCUCCUGCCAGCCUGGUUGGUAGGGUGGGCUGGGCCCAGAGUCCCCCCACCAAGCCAGGCAGCACAGAGGAGGGGUCUAGGUGCAGACCCACGUUGGUGGUGAGCAUCGGGGCAUGGGGGUGUCCUCUGGGAGUUGGCCCAGGAGCUGUGCCUGGACAAGGGUAUAGGCACGCUCCCCACUGGGCAGGAAGGGAGGAGAGUGGAGGCUGGGCCAGCCACUGGGCUGCACCUGUGCCCUCCAGGUGGUGGUGGGUGUCUGGUUCCGUGUUCGUUGGCAGGUAGAAGGUCUGGCCUGCCAAAAUGCUCCUGGCUCUGCCCUUGUGCUGCCCCCUCAGCAUGCCCCCGGGGCCCUCUGGUCUCCACGAGCCUCCCAGACUCUGUCCUCUGUGCACCCCCUUCCUGAAGGUGAGCCCAGCAGUGUUCCCUAGGCCCCAGCCCCACCCCUCCCGUCAGCUGCCCUCUCUUCUGUCUUCGCUGCCUCAAUGGCAGGAGCCAGACAUCUUCAGGGCACAGCCACCAGGGGGCCCUCGAGGAGCACUAGUUGCCUGCUGUCACCAAGACAGCGUCACUCUUGGGCUGGCCAGGUGCUGCCGCGUGCAGGGGACAGCAGUCUGAAGCCCAGUGGCCUGCCCACAUCCACGCAGGGCCUGCUGUGUUGAGGCCUCUUUGCUGGUGCUGGACGAGGUGGGCACUAGGGCUGCAAGGCAGAGACAGCCCCACUGCUGACCCUGUGAUGCUCUAGGGCUGCUAACCUUGUCCAUGUGCGUAGUCCUUCCGCCUGUGGCCCAGGGCACCCGGCGCAUCAGGAGGCCAGGUUUCAGGGUGAGAUGGCAGGAUGAGGCCCCCAACUUUCCCUUUGACUCACGCUGUCUCACCCCUUUCUUUCGUUCUAAACCACUGUGGCCCCCCUUCCCAGCCCCUCAUUUCCCACCAGCAAGUUCCCACGACCUGGCCACUGUGGCUACCAACCUGUGCUGGCCUUCUUGAGGUGGGGUAGCCCAGCCCAGGACGCGGUGGGGAGGCUGCGGGUGUGGGUGGGGCCUGUGGCAAGGUUCUGCCAGGCUGGCAGAGCAAACAGGAAGGAUGGCCAGGUCCCUGGAGGGCUGCAGCAGGAUCCUGUCCUUCCUGUGGCCCCCUCCUCCCCGCUGCAGGGAGAAGAGGUGGGGCGAAAGGAGGCUCAAGGCCAGGGCGUGGCUCCCCUGGGGUUGCCCUGCCAGGAAGCAUGUGGGGGUGAGCCAAGACCCAGGUGCCCUGUGGUCAUCGUCCUAUACCCAGGCGGCUCUGGAAGGACGGGCCCGGUGGGCCCUCUCUGGUAGGGUCAGCAGGGAGCAGAGCCAUGUCUCAGGCCAGCCGAUGGCUUCCUGUGUCCCCACAGCCCUCCCUCCCCUGUCGGGUCUUGCACAAGUUUCCGCAGUGCGGAGGUUAUGCUGGGGCAGGGAGCAGGGGGAAUCUCCAUGGGGCCCUGCUACCUCCCCUCUUCUGGACUUCCCCUCACCCCCCUGGGGUCUGCUGCCAGCUCCCCAGGCACCACCCUUCACAGCAGCUCUGCUCUCGUGGUGGCCAGGAGCGUGUGGGCCCCAAGAGUGGCCAUGGCAGGGCAGGGCCUCUAGGAGGGCUCGUGGGCAGUGGACCUGGCCAGCAGUUCCUGGUUGUUGUUCCUUCCCUGGGACCUGGUCUGGGGCCUCAAGAAACCUGACCAUCCUGGGGCCUCCAGGACACUGAGAAGAAGGCUGGGCUUCAGCAUGCCUCACUAGGGACCAGUCUUGGACAACGGGCAGGGUGAUGUCCAGCUGGGGUGGAGGGAGUUGGUGGGGCACAGCCUUGGCUGACAGUGGGGUGCAGCCACAGCUGGGGCCUCCUCUGCCUGGUUGCCAAGACCAUGAGUCUCUAGGCCUCCGGGCUAACCUGCACGGCCUCAUGGCAACCCCAGCCCAGAGGGGUCACAGCGAAAGGGGAAGGAAGUGGACCCCCAGGGCAGCCAGAGGGAGGCCAGGGGAUCUGAAUCUCAAGGUUUCCUUUUCCUGGAGCGGGCGCCAGCCCCCUGCACUCUGGCGUCAGGAACAGAAUGACUCCUUCCCGUUCCAGCCUGGAAAGCCCCCUGCUUGCUCUUGCCCAGCUGUGGCCAAGAGGAGGAGACCUGGAGACCCCUGAGCAGUCCCAGGCCCCCAGCUGGUCUGAGCAGCCCCUCAGCCAUGGGCCAGCCUGCACUGUCCCUGGGCAGGAUACCUGUGCAAUGUGCAGCAGCCCCCGUACCACCCUGCCCCACUCUGGGGCCUGGCAUCUCUCUGUCUGUCGUGGGGCCUCAUUUGGACAGACCCCUCUCUGGAGAUCUGGGUUCUGAACACGAGGCGGUUCCUAAGGGCACAGGGUGGGGCAGGGUGGCCCAAUCCGCGGCAGCAGGAGAAACCUCAGGCCCAGGCAGAGAGCUGAGCACAGCACAUCUGCAAGGGUCAGGCGGCGGGAAGAGCAGGUCGUCAGCGGGGAAGUGGGUGAUGUGGCUGGAACAGUGGGCGGGAGGGUGGUGCCAGCCCUUCUGGGGUGCCCCACCUGGGUGCCUUCCCCGAGGCCAGCCAGGCCCUCCUCCUGCCACCCUGUGAGCCUAGGGUCACCUCUGAGCCUCUUGGCAGACAGCGGGUGCCAGGCUGAGCCCCCACACCUACGCGCCUGUCCAGUCGCCGCCCCCAGGCUGCCAGAGCCCCAGGGGGCAGGGAAGGUGGUGAUGCCAAGGCCUCCCCACCCCCUGCGGGGGCGGGACUGGGACGGGAAGGUGGCCUCCUUCCCUCACCUUGGGGAGAGGAAGGAGCACUCCUGGGGGUUACGCGUGUGGGCGAAGCUGUGAUUUCAGGGUGCCUCUGCCUCUGGCUGCUGUGAUUUCAAGGCCAGGGUUUCCUGGGUGACUGAUCCUGGGAGUCUGGCCGGGGGCGGCAGUGGAUGAAAAAUGCCCGUACUGGCUAGAUGGCGGCUGAGGGCCUGGUGGAGCCUGGCUGGGGGGGCCCUGCUCUUGGCCCUCUGGCUUCUGUGGCCUCCCAGGCUAGUCCCUGGGGAGACCCUGGAGCCCCAGCCCACACUUACCAUCCUCGUCUGGCACUGGCCCUUUGCUGACGAGCCCCCGGACCUGCCUAGCGACACCUGUACCCGCUUUGGGGCCACCCACUGCCGCCUGAGCGCCAACCGAAGCCUGCUGGCCAGUGCUGACGCUGUGGUCUUCCACCACCGUGAACUGCAGGCACACCGGGUCCGGCUGCCCCUAGACAGGCGGCCGCAGGGGCAGCCCUGGGUCUGGGCCUCCAUGGAGUCGCCCAGCCACACGCAUGGCCUCAGGCGCCUCCACGGCAUCUUCAACUGGGUGCUGAGCUACCGGCAGGACUCGGACAUCUUCGUGCCCUAUGGCCACCUGGAGCCGCGCACGGGGCCCCCGCCCCCGCCACUGCCAACCAAAAGUGGGGUGGCCACCUGGGUGGUCAGCAACUUCCAGGAGCGACAGCAGCGGGCGCGACUGUACCGUCAGCUGGCGCCUUACCUGCGGAUAGAUGUGUUUGGCCGGGCUAUCGGGCGGCCACUCUGUGCCGACUGCCUGCUGCCCACCGUGGCCCGCUACCGUUUCUACCUGGCCUUUGAGAACUCUCAGCACCGAGACUACAUCACGGAAAAGUUCUGGCGUAACGCGCUGGCGGCCGGCACUGUGCCUGUGGUGCUGGGGCCCCCGCGGGCCAACUACGAGGCUUUUGUGCCGCCCGACACCUUUGUGCACGUGGACGACUUCGGCUCGACCCGGGAGUUGGCCGCGUUCCUGGCCGGCAUGAACAAGACUCGCUACCAGCGCUUCUUUGCCUGGCGCGACCAGCUGCGCGUGCGGCUGGUCGGCGACUGGCAGGAGCGCUUUUGCGCCAUCUGUGCCCGCUACCCCCACCUGCCUCGAGGCCAGGUCUAUGAGGACCUUGAGGGCUGGUUCCAGGCCUGAACGCCGUGGGCUGUGGGAGUCCCAUCAGGCAAAAGCAGAGACUGUGGUCAGAGGCCAAGGGGUGAGGGAAGGUCACGGCAGGUUGGCAGGUCAGGCUGGGGAGGCUGCUUGGAGGAAGAGGCUGGUGGGCACUGGGGAUGCGGAGGGAAGGGCAGGGAGGAACUUAGGUGGGGGCACAGCACCCACCUUCCAGGAAUCUUGGGUGGGACCCUGGCUGUCCUGGGACGUGGGGUGGAGAGGGGCUAGAGUCAGGGCCCUGGGGCUGGGGGCAUCCCAGGCUGUGGUUGGCAGGGGGAACCCAGAUGGCCUGAUCGGGAGAUGUGAGCAUCACCCUCCUCCUUCCACAGCGGCUGAGCCCCCUCCCCCCCCCCCAUGUGAGCACCAGGUGCAGAGAUGAACAGACCAGCACAUGGUGGGUCCAGUGGAUUGGGGCACUGAGGCAGUAGAGAUCUAACUAAUAUCGAGCGAGGAUGGCUGUGUCCAGUCUUUGCAGAGGUGGGUGGGCCUCCGUGUACCUGCCCCCACUUCAUGCCCAUCUGCCAUGGCCCCCACCAGGCCUCCUGCUCCUCGCUGGCCUCCCACCUGCUCCAGCCUCAGGCCCUGUCCCCUAGCUCACCCCCACUCCCUUCAGCCCCCUAAAUGGCACCUUAUUGGAGAUCUGUCCCUGACUCACAAAGGGCAGAGGUGGGUGGAGAGCUGGUGCAGGGAGAGUCUGGCUGGGGUUGAAGGUGUCCCAUCUCACAGUGCCUGGCAGGAGGGGCGUCCAGGGGCAAUGGGGCCUGAUUCUGCGACUUGGAGUUCCUUCUGACUGCUGGUGGGGGUAUCAGGUGGGCGGUGAGGGGCACAACAAGGGGGGGGCAGCCCCCUGGCCAGGUGACCCCUUGAUGGGACUGGAUGUGAAGAGGAGAGGGGCUCAGCGGCCUCUAGGCAGUGCUGAGGAAGGAAUCGGGGCCAGUCCCUCAGGCCCCGCAGGGCAGGGGCUGGAGCUGAGGGGCAGCCGGCCGCUGAGCUGUCCCUGCCCCACGUGGGGGUGGGCGGCCGUUGAGGCAGGAAGCCGUGGUUCGUGGCUCCAGCUCCUUCCCUCCCCUAACGGCAGUGGCUUGUAGAAAGGCCUGCCAGUCAUUUCCUGCCCUUGACCCAGCCCUGUGUGUUGACCGGUGAGAAAGAAGUGUCUCCAGGCUUGGGGGGGGCGGAGGUGGAGGCUUGAGCUCCCAUCCACCUGACCAGAGCCGGCCCCCGCUGGCUGCAGAGAAGGAGCUGGGGCGGGGGCUGUGCAUUUUAGGUGCACCCUCUAUGUGUGCCCCAAACACUGGACGCCACACCCCCCCAUCACAGGUGGGGAAACUGAGGCUGGUGAGGAGCUAUCAGAGCGCCCCACUGGGCCCUCCCCUCCCGCAGUUCCGGUCGGCCCUCUGCUGCCCUCUGCCGGCCUCAAGGGGAGUCACCCCGAACCUCCGCAGCCCCUUUCUGCCUGACCUGGGAUCGGGGUCUGUCCAGCGUCCCCCGCGCUCCAGCAGGCACCAGGCCAAGUCUACGGAACGAACUCGAUCCCAAAGACGGGACUUGCUCCUGGACGGGUGGGCGCGGGGAGAAGAACGAGCCGCCACAGAGAGGACGGCCUCAGUUUCCCCAUGAGCCCUGUCUGCCCCCCAUGCAGGAGCAAUUCGGGGACCAGCGGGCCUUUCCUUCUCUCUCGCUGCCCAGGAAACUCCACAGCCCCCACCUGGCAGAGCUCAACUAGCCUGUCCUGCCGGCCCACAGAGGGGCCACUGGUCACCAGGUGCCUCAUUCACAUGGGUCGUGGAACCCUCUCACAGGGGUCAGGAAGGCGGAGGCCCCUGUCUGGGUAGCCCCACCACAGUCCCUCACACCAGCUCCCCUGUUUGUGUCCCGCCAGGUGUGAGCGGCUAUCCUCCUCCUGCAUCCUGACAGUACUCCUGGGAUAGUGCUCUGAGGGACACAGUGCUCUCGGGGGUGGUGCUCCUGGGGGCUGGGAGUGGGUUUUUUAUGUCCAAAUAAAAGUCUUUUCACCAGCUCUUCUGCGUGGAGGCCCGGCGAAGGUGUGACCUGGGGGCGAGCCUCACCCAGGACCCCUGGAGUGCCGGGACCACUCUGGGGCGCCUCUGAGGGAGGAGGGACGCAGGCCCGUUGCCACGGGGAGGAGG